UGUAAGCUUCCGGUCUAGUUCAGAAUGUGGACUCAACUGAAUAAAUGUUGAAUUUUAUAUUCUUUUCAACCAAUAUGCGGUCUAAAUUACUUCCAGUCCAACUUAUUGAUUUACAAGUUAGUGAACCAGUACCAUUAACAAGAACAUUUUGAAUAAGGAGUGAAUAUAUUCCACCCUAAAGACACCAAAGUCCUAGUAGAUCAGAAAUGUCAGACCCGUCUCGCAGCUCGGGAUUUCAGAAUAGCAAAUUUGAACCCAUGAACAAAUCUAUACCUCCAAGUGUGCCAGGUCCUUUCCAUGGAAAACCACAAUCUCCAAGCCAAACACCAUUUUCACAGUCAGCAUUGAAUGGUUCAUCAUAUCCAACAUCAAAUACUACAAUGCCAUCAGGAAUUGGGGGGCCACCAAAUCAAGUAAGACCUAGUGUACAGGGUCUGGUGGGCAAUGGACCAUUUCCACCACAGCAUCCAGGUGCAAGACCUGGUUUUCCUCCUACAUCAGUUCCUGGAUUUAGGACACAACAAAUUAGACCUGUUCAAGGACAAUCUGGUGGACCACCACCAAACACUGGAAUAAGCAGGCCCCAGAUGGGAGCACCAACACCUAUGUAUGGUCCACCAUCUAGUCAGACAGGACAAAUGCCACCUACUUCAAAUAUUCAACAAAUCAGACCUGGUAUGCGACCACCAAUGACAAACAUGCAGCAACAUCCUGGUUUUACAGGUGGAAUGCCAAAUCGACCACCAUUAGCAAAUGGCCCACAGCAAGCAGGAAUUGGUUCACCUAUGAUGAUGGGUCAACCACCAGUGAGUAUGGCACCUUCAUAUCCAGGAAGUCAGCCACCAACUGGACAUCCACAAUCACGAAUGGGUGCACCACCUGUUGGCACAGGGCCACCUCAAGCUACUAUUUCUCAAAAUAACCAGUCAGGGAUACCACAGCAAUCAGAUGGGCUACCUGUGCCAUACCAUGGGCAGGGACAGUAUUCCCACCAAGUAGGCAUGCAGCUUACACCUGGACUAACACCUAACAAUUCAGAACCCACAUCUCGGAGAUCCUCGAGGACCCCAUCACCAAUGAACAAUAGUCAGACAUUUGAUGCCUUAGAAGGGCAGUUUACACCUGCGCCACUAGGUGAACAAGCCAAGCCAAUGACACCACCUCUAUCACAAGAAAUUCAAGGUCGAGGAACACCACCAAAACAACCUCUUUAUUCACAGCCUGGUCCACCACCAAAUGUGAAAAGUCCAGUUUAUGGGCCUCCCCCAACAGGAAUGCCUCAAAGGCCUGGUCCACCAAGUGGAUCAUCUCAGAAUUAUAGUAUGGGGACAGGGCCCCCAUCAGGGCCAACCAACUUUAAACCUGGUCCACCAACUGGACCUCCAAACUACAAUGUUCAACCACAAGGCCCUCAACCUGGGCCAACACAUAAUAUGUAUCAGCCUCCUGGCCCACCAAGUGGACCUCAGAAUUAUGGAAUGCCACCAACAAGUGGACAGUAUGGUCAACCACCUCUACCACCAACUGGAUACCAGCCAACAUCUUCUGGUCCAAAUACAAUGCAGUCUAGGCCAGGAUACCCUCCAUCUAGUCAAGGAUUGCCACCCCAACAACAAAUGUAUGGCCAACCAGGGUCACAACAGCAAGGGGAUGGCUAUGGUACAGGCCAAUACAAUAAUAUACCUAAUAUAGGAGGAAUGUCUUUGACGAAUGAUUCACGAGUUGUUAAUUUAUUACAAGAAAAACAGUUGAUACCAGCUGAUGGCAUUGAGAACCCAAAGAUAAAACUGCAUAAUGACUUCAAAAAAGUCAACUGUAGUCCUGAUAUCCUCAGGUGUACAUUGACUUCAAUUCCUCAAACAUCGUCACUUUUAAACAAAUCUAGGUUACCUCUGGGCAUUCUUAUACAUCCUUUCAAAGACUUAUCACAACUUCCUGUUAUACAAUCUAAUGUGAUAGUACGAUGUCGAUCGUGUAGGACAUAUAUCAAUCCUUUUGUUUACUUUGUGGAUCAGCGACGAUGGAAGUGUAAUCUAUGUUACAGAGUUAAUGAAUUGCCAGAAGAGUUUAAUUUUGACCCUGUGACUAAGACAUAUGGAGAACCACAACGAAGACCUGAGAUAAAGUCUGCCACUAUAGAAUUCAUUGCUCCUUCAGAGUAUAUGUUGCGUCCACCCCAACCAGCAGUGUACCUGUAUUUACUAGAUGUGUCUUUCAAUGCAAUAGAAACUGGUUAUUUAAAUACAUUUUGUCAGACAUUAUUAGAUGAAUUAGAUAAGAUUCCCAGUGAUUCUAGGACACAAAUUGGUUUUCUGUGUUAUGAUUGUGCAUUAUAUUUCUUCAACUUGGAAGAGAACUUGUCACAACCUCAGAUGAUGAUUGUUUCUGAUGUAGAUGAUGUUUUUCUUCCUUGUCCUGAUAACUUACUAGUCAAUUUACAAGAGAGUAAAGAAAUGGUAUCAGAUUUAUUAAAUCAACUGCCAACUCUUUUUGAACACAACAGAGAAACAGGAAGUGCAUUAGGUGCUGCACUUCAGGCUGCAUAUAAAUUAAUUCAUACAACAGGUGGUAGAGUAACAGUUGUACAGACAGUUUUGCCUACCAUAGGUCCUGGUGGGCUGGAGUCAAGAGAAGAUCCUAACCAAAGAACAACUAAGAAUGUAACUAAUCUAGGACCCGCUACAGAUUUUUAUAAGAAAUUGGCAUUAGAUUGUUCAGCACAGCAAGUAGCCGUUGAUCUGUUUAUGUUAAAUGGUCAAUAUGCAGAUAUUAGUUCUAUUUCAUGUAUAUCAAAGUAUUCUGGUGGUUGUAUACACUAUUUCCCAUCAUUCCAUUCUGUGAAGAACCCAUCAUUAACAGAGAAGUUUGAAACAGAUCUAAGACGAUAUCUCACAAGGAAGAUUGGUUUUGAAGCUGUUAUGAGAAUAAGAUGCACUAAAGGUUUGAGUAUCCAUACUUUCCAUGGGAACUUUUUUGUACGAUCAACAGAUUUACUAUCAUUACCCAACAUCAAUCCUGAUGCAGGGUUUGGUAUGCAGAUGUCCAUAGAAGAUUCAUUGACAGAAAAUAGUGUUGUAUGCUUCCAGGCAGCUUUAUUGUAUACAUCUAGUAAAGGAGAAAGAAGAAUACGUGUACAUACCAUGUGCCUUCCCGUUACAAAUCAGUUAAGUGAUAUUUAUGCUGGGGCUGAUCAACAAGCAAUUAUUGGAUUACUGGCAAAAAUGGGUGCAGACAGAAGUGUAACGGCUUCAUUACCUGAUGCCAGAGAAGCCAUGUUAAAUGCUUCUGUAGAUUCAUUAUCAGCUUUUGGUAGUACAUUACCGUCUUCACAGAGAGUAGGCAGUUUACCGAUCUGUUACUCUCUUAGAUUAUUACCAAUGUUAAUCUCAGCUAUGUGUAAAUUUACUGCCUUUAGAUUUGGUACGACUACCAGACUAGAUGAUAGAGUAUUUGCCAUGCAGCAGUGUAAAAGUUUACCUAUACAGUAUCUUAUACAGAGUAUUUACCCUCACUUAUAUCCUAUACACAAACUAGGUGAAACAUCGGUAAUGGCAAAGAAUAAUACAGAGAUUCCACAGACCAUUAGACUUCAUCUGUCUUCAGCCAAUAUUGACCGUCAAGGAGUAUAUCUGCUAGAUGCAUAUGAUCAUAUGUACUUUUAUGUAGGAAGUGCUGUUGGUGACCAGUUCUGUCAAGACGUAUUAGAUGUUCCUAAUUUUAUGUCAAUACCUGAAGGAAUGAUUGAUUUACCAGAAUUAGAAAACCCCACAUCAGAAAAUGUUAGAGCAUUUGUAAAUUAUUUAUUGGAUAAUCGACCAAAUGGAUCAACGUUUUAUGUUGUAAGAGAAGACAGUAAACUACGUAUGGAAUUUUUUCAAUAUAUGGUUGAAGAUCGGACUGAAUCGUCAAUGUCAUAUUAUGAAUUUUUACAGCAUUUGCAAAAACAAGUCAAAAGCUGAUUUUGUGAUAAAUAGUGCUUUUAAUUUAUUGAACAGCGAUAUUUCUAUAAAAAGAAAUGUCAUUUUAAAGAUGAAAGUACAGUCUCACAAGGCAUACAGUGUUAAUUUUCAGACAUGGAAGAUUUUCAGAUGGGUAAAUGGAAAAGUGAUUAAAAGUUUCAUGUAUUAUUACCCAAGUGCUUGCCACAGAAUUAGAAGUUGUGUGAAAUUUGAAAAUAACAAACAUAGCGAUUCUAUUAUUUAAUGUGAGACAAAAUUUGAAAAAGUUAAUUCUAUUGUAUCGAACAAUGCAGAAUGGAAGUUGAGCCAAAAAUCAUUAUUUUAUUCAGCAUAUAUAUGUGAAUUUCAAAUAUGCUGUUGUUGAACAACUGUAAACAUUUGUUGCAGAUAGCUUUUAUUUUGUCCAACAGAUGAGUUAAAAUUUAUUUUGAAAAUGUUAGAUUAUUAAAGUCUGUGUAAUGUUGAAAGAUUUCACUAUUAAGAUUUAAUCAGUCAACAAAUUGUCAUGAAUAAACUUGAAUUGGUAACUGAAAAAUAUGAUACAUUAAUUGAUAUAUUUUCAAGAUGAAGAUGAAUAGCUUAGGAUGUGAUAAAAGUUGCAACCAGAAGUUGGCAUGACUGUGUAUAAAUAUCUUGGUGCCAACAUUUAAGGAUGCAAUUAUUCAUUUGUUGAUUGUUGUAGUUUGAUGUUUUGUCUCAUGUUGUUGUUUUAUUUUUAUGCUUAUUUAAUGGUAUCUAUUGAUAAUAUAAUUCCUAUUUGAAGUUUUUAUAAAAAAUUCAUGGGAAUAUUUACAAUAGUUCAUUAUUUUUUUCAUUUUGCACUAUCGAUAAGGCCAGUUUUAUAAUAAUUUUUGUGAUGCAUAACUGACCCAACAUACUGUUUUCUUGACUCGUAGUAAAUGAAAAUGUCAUUUCCUGUGGGUGUUGAUCAGUUUUGAUUGGGCAAACAAAAUAUAUGUUUAACCAUCUAUUUUUAGAGGCUCCAGGAUUUACUUAGCAUAAGAAUAAAAUUUUAUCAAGUUUUCAGUAGCGUUUAAUAUAUAACACUGAAAUUUAGAUCAAAUGGAAUUUGAUGACAGCCAAUUAAUGAACAUCAAAAUAUUCUUGCUUUGCUAUGUAUUCCAGGCGGUGGUGGUGCAUGUACAUCGUCUUUCAGUUUCAGGUUUUGUGGAAAUUGUGUAUAUUCAGGCAUUUUACUAUUGUACCAUCCUGUGACCUUCAAAUUAGAUAGGGCUUGUUAAAAUUUCAUAUUUUCUUAAAGACAAACUUUAGGAAUACCAACUAAGGGAAAUAACUCAUCAUAAAUGGGUUAAGCUUGCAAAGGACAUGGAGGACCUUUUUUUCUCUAGGAAAAUGUUUAUUCACUCUGUGGAGAAAUUUUAAAUUUGGAAUUUAUGUUCAAGAUUAAGGGAAGGUAAAAUAUUAUUUGGACUUUUAUUCAUUUUUGAAAAUUUGAUUGUGAAAUGUACUGUAAUUAUUUCCCUUUGUCAUUACAUUCAAAUUAUCUGUGUUUUCUUGGUUUUUGUAUGCAUGAUCAAAACUCAAACAGAAUAACUCAUGAUAUUUGAUUGUCAAGUUUUUACAUCAACACACUACACACUUUCAUGACUUGUACGACUUUCAUGGAAUACUUGUAAUUUAAAACUACUUUCAUGGAAUACAUUGUAAUUUAAAACUUUUUCCUCAGUGAUCUCAGCUCCACUAUUAUUUUGUGUUCUUUGUAUAUUGCUCAUACUUUUAUUACAGUCAUAGUCAGUAUAUUAUUACAUAGGGUUGUAACUCUUUUAGAAAAUUUAUCUUGAAUCUGCUAGCUUAUGUAUAUUUAACCAGCCCCCCUUUAUGACCCAUAUUUUUGCAAGUUGGUCACUAAGAUUUAACAUCAGUUAAGAUUUGGCAUGAGAAAUGCUGAAUUUGAAGGUCCCAAAAUUCUGUUGUUAUGCACUGUAAUGUUGAUUAUGUUAAUUAAAUCAGUAUAAAAGUCGGAUGUAUUAGUGACAGCUACUUAAUGUUUGAUAUUAUUUGACAAUUUCUGAAAGCUGUCUUAAGAUAGUACAAUGUUUGCUAAAAAAUCUACUUUAUACUGGAAAUUUAAUUGAAAAGAAAUAUAUUUUACUGGCGUUUCAUUUAAUAAAAAUACAAAGUGAUUGUUAUAUGAUGGUAGUGUAUUUACCAUUAUAUACCUAAUUUUAUUUAAUUUUUAAAGGAUUGUAAUGUUGGAAAAUUUAACUCAAAACAAUGAAUUUUAAAGUUGUUUUAUAUAAACAUAUAUGUAUACAUUUGCAUAUUAAAAUUCGAGAUAAAUAUAUUGUAAUGAAAUUAGAAUACAGUGUUCUCCCCCAGAAGACAAAUAUCAGAUAUAGUAAUCCUCCAAUGAACUUGCUGGAUUGGAUUCCUUUCAGCAGAAUAGCAUAACCCAGUCUAGUGAUGAAUUUGAACUGAUUUAAUUUUCUUAUUUUUUUUAAACAUUACCCUGACUGAUUUCUGUUGCAACACAAGUUAAAUAUAUAAUGUUAGAAAAUAUUUCCAUCCAUUAUCAUUAUGUACUUCUAAGCUUCUUGUGUUACUCCAUUUUACUCAUUGAAACUCAGUUCAUCUAGACUAGAUUUAAACAAUCCAUUUUACUCAUUGAAACUCAGUUGAUCUAGAUUUAAACAAUCCAUUUUACUCAUUGAAACUCAGUUCAUCUAGACUAGAUUUAAACAAUUAUCUUAAAAUAUUGGAGCUUAAUUUCUAUCACAAAAGUUUUAUCAUUAAAAGAUAUUUAACAGAACAUGAGCACAUCAAGAUUAACUGAUAAAAUUAUGAGUACUGUGGAUUCAUUAUUAUUUGUGGGAUCCCAAUUUUUACAGGUAGACCACGAAUUUAAAUGUUCAACAAACUAUAAAUUUUAUUUUGGCUUUUUUGCAAACUUUUAUUACAAAGGCACAAGUUGAAUAUCCACAAAACUUCCUCAAUCCACUAAAAUUGGUACCCACGAAAUUAAAUGAAUCAACAGUAUUUGUUUACCCUUCUGCACACUUUAAACUUACAUUUACAAUUUAAUAGCAAGUAAAAUUGGAUUGUGCAAGUUUUUGUCACCAGGAGAUAAAUCAUUCAAAAUUUCUCUAGGAGUUGGUUAAUCCACUAGAUGAAUUGGGGAAAAUUUUCAUUGGGUCUGCUAAUUUAAUUUAUUUUACAUCAAACAAAGCUGUUCCUAUUCCCAAUAUAUCAUUCUACACUAUUAUUUAGAAAAUUAUCAUUUGUAAUGAAAUCAUUUUGAAAUGUUCUUCAUCCCUUUUUUGUUGACUUAAUAACCAGGCACACAUUUGUUACAUGUAAUACAUGUAGAAAAUUCUUGUUUAUAAUGUACACUUAAAAGAUUUUCAGAAUUGUAAUAUAUUUUAAGAGUACUUGAUAAGGAUGUUUCUGUUGUAUAGUUGAUAAACUAAACAGAUACUUUGACGAAUGAUUGAUAGAAAGGUAUUUAAGGUGAAUGUGGUGCUUUAUUGUGUACUACGGUAUGUUUUAUCAACAAUUAUUGUAGAUUUCAUGCAAAGUUGUAAAAUACCUGUUCAUAAAAUAAAUUAUCCUAUUAUA